CCUGCUGCCCUGGCAAGAGCUCUGUGUCUGUGAGGAGCGAGCGCGCAGUAGUGAGUGAUAGCGGGGGAGGCGGUGAUUCCCCCCACCCCUCCCCAACCGCCAUGGCCUGGGCAGCCACCUCGCCGGCGGACAAGGAGAGAUUCAUCUGCAUCUAUCCAGCAUACUUAAAUAACAAGAAGACAAUAGCAGAAGGAAGAAGAAUACCUAUGGACAAAGCCAUUGAAAAUCCCACAUCUACAGAAAUCCAAGAUGUAUGUGCGGCAAUUGGACUCAAUGUGCUUGUAGAGAAGAACAAGUUGUACCCUAGAGAGUGGAACCGUGAUAUGCAAUAUAGAGGCAGAGUACGAGUUCAGCUCAAGCUGGAAGAUGGCAACCCAUGUUUACCUCAGUUUCCAACACGUAAAUCAGUGAUGCUAUAUGCAGCAGAAACAAUUCCCAAACUGAAAACAAGGACACAAAAAAUGGGAGGUAGUGACCAAAAUCUCCAGCCAGGAGAGGGAGGCAAAAAAGGCAAAGGGAAGAAGAAGAAGUGAGCCUGUCACUGGCAUAAUUGUUACUUUAUAGUCAUUCUACGACAAAUAUGGAUGGACGUUACCAUUUGUGAAUCUGAACUGAGAUACAGAAAACAAGAAAACUGGUGAAGCUGUACAGAAUGGUCUUCAAUUUUUUACUGAAGUGGAAUGCAUGUACUGUGCCUGACAUUGUGUAACAGUAUUCACAGAACUCCCAAAUCCAAAGGUAGCAGCCAGUUUUAAAAGUUACAAACGACGUAGACAAUUUGAGGGUGGAAACAUGAUUCUUUUUAUGGAUAAAUAUGCAGUUGUUUGGCUUUCAAAAUAAACAAAAACAAAGCUUAUUUUAUGCAGACUGGAUAUUUGAAGUUGGUUGCCUUAGUACAAAAUGUAUCUAUGCUGAUAAAGAGAAAUUUGUCUUAAGUCUGGACCCUAUAUAUCCCUGUGCUAGGAAAAUUUACAAUGAAGUUAUCAUUACUGUGUACAUUUCACUUUUUAAUCAUUCACAAAUGUUAAGUCUAAUAAAGGUGGAAAAAACAAA